AUGGCUAGUCUUCCAAGAUCUCAAGUAUCAUUCAGAAGGUCAGGUUCUUCUGGUCUUGUUUGGGAUGAUAGAAUCUUAUCAGGAGAAUUAAUCAAACUCAAUCAACAACAACAACAACUCAAGGGUGAAGAUGAUAGUAAUCGUAAUAGUAAGAUCGAAGAGGUUCACGCCGGAACCACCAUACAGAGAAGUAACUCCACCGGCGCUGGCCGAGGAUACCGUACCGGAAAAGUCUCCUCGCCGGCGAUGGAUCCACCUUCUCCGAAAAUCUCUGCGUGCGGGUUCUGUUGUCCUUUUGCGAAGAAGAGUCAACGGUCAAAGCCCGAUAAACGCUGGUCGAGAUAG